AUGUGGCAGCAAUAUUGGGAGCUUCAUCAGAUGAACCUCAUUACUUCUUUCCUUCUUUCCUACCCUCUUGCGGGCGUCCUCAAACGAAUACCGGAUUCGAAGCCUGCCUUGAAGAAUCUCUUUAUUAUCGGAGUCUCUGCGUUUUACCUCGUCGGUCUUUUCGAUUUAUGGGGAGGAGUAUGGACGCUGGCUGUAAGCUCGAUCGGCGCAUACUGCAUCGCAGCAUUUGUACAAGGACCUUUUAUGCCAUGGAUUGGGUUUGUCUUCUGUAUGGGACACCUAUCUAUCAACCAGCUAUCUCGCCAAUUUCGAAAUGAACCUGGAGUGGUGGAUAUAACUGGGGCACAAAUGGUGCUGGUAAUGAAACUUACUUCGUUUUGUUGGAAUGUUGCGGAUGGGCGACUUCCAGAGAGUGACCUGUCAGAUUUCCAAAAGGAAAGAGCCAUAAAACAGCUACCAAGCUUGCUCAACUUUGCGGGCUAUGUGCUAUUCUUUCCAUCACUUUUCGCGGGUCCCGCUUUCGACUAUGUGGACUACGAAAGUUGGGUCGAGACUACAAUGUUUGAAGUACCUGCGGGAACCAAUCCUGCGAAGUUACCACCCACUCGAAAGAAGAGGAAGAUCCCAAGAAGCGGAACACCUGCUACAUGGAAAGCGGUGGCUGGUAUUGCUUGGAUUCUCGCCUUCCUCAAACUUUCUGGCAUGUAUAAUCCUGAGCUUGUGGUUGGAGAUCAAUACAUGACGUAUGGAAUUAUCCGUCGAAUUUGGAUUCUCUACAUGCUUGGAAUUACUAGCCGACUCAAGUAUUAUGGUGUUUGGGCUCUGACCGAGGGUUCAUGUAUCCUGUCAGGACUUGGGUAUAAGGGCAUAGAUCCGACGACAGGAAAAGUAAGCUGGGAUAGACUGCAAAACGUCAGUCCAUGGGGUGUUGAAUCUGCUCAAAACACUCGCGCCUACUUAGGAGGCUGGAACAUCAAUACAAAUAACUGGCUGAGGAACUACAUGUACCUUCGGGUCACGCCACGGGGAAAGAAACCUGGAUUUAGAGCCAGUAUGGCUACCUUCACCACGAGUGCAUUCUGGCAUGGAUUCUAUCCUGGAUACUACUUGACCUUCGUACUCGCAAGCUUUGUGCAAACGGUAGCAAAGAACUGCCGGCGUUACUUCCGCCCAUUCUUCCUCGACCCUAAAACCACCCAACCAAAACCUACCAAAAUCUACUACGACGUCGCCUCCUGGCUCGUUACUCAAACCGCAUUCUGCUUCGUAACCGCCCCCUUCGUCCUCCUCUCCCUCCCCGCCUCCUUCCUCGUCUGGGCCCGCGUCUAUUUCUACGGCGCCGUAGGCACCGCUCUCGCAACCGCCUUCUUCAGCUCCCCAGCCAAGGGUCUCCUCAUCCAGAAACUCAAAGCCAGAGUCCCCGCACCGGAUCUCAAGAGAGUGAAUUCUAAUGAUAGCAUCCAGCAUCACGAACCUGUAUUGGGCUUGCCAGGGGAGCCGCAGAAGGAUUUGGAAGAGCUGGUAGGCGAGGUGAGAGCUGAAGUCGAGCUGAGAAAACGGAAGGGUAGUCUAGGGAAGGGUGCGAUUGGAGGAGUGGGAAAGAAGGGUUAA